AUGCCCAAGAAACCGAGGGCGGCCACAGUUGUAGGUGCGCCUCUAGGUGGGCUUGCUCGAGGGAUCAGUUGCUGCAGGGGUAGCGAAUCCUUCGGUUGGUCAAUGAGCACUACUUUGAAGAAGCGCUGCAUAGUUACCGAGAAUCUGGUGGGUGUAUUCCCUGCAGCCCAUGUGCAGCGAAACAAGACGCCAAAGACGGCCAGCACCACUAGAUUUAAAGGCAAGGCACAGUGA